GUGGCAGCAAAAGUAGUACCGGGAACUGUAAAAGUCCUGACGGUCGUCCCUGCGGUAGUCGGAAACGUGUCGCGUGUUCGGUGCCCGGAGAUUUACUUUUCGCAAACGUCCAAAACUGUAAGGGAAUAUCACCGAGAAAGUUCGGCCAUGGUUCUCUUUACAUUAUCAGGCCAUCUGCCAGAGAAGACGUUAGGAAUGGUUUGUUGAGCUACUGCACCAUUAUGGGAAGUUAUGUGCGUGCCUACUACUGUGCAUGGCGAUCGGCUCGCAACAUCAAUCGCUGCGUGCAACUGGUGGUGUCGUCGGUGUCUCUGAACGUGUUGUUAUUGUCAGUCCAGUACAGUUUACCCUAAAAACUAGACUACAAUACUUCCGCCACCACUUGUAAGGUUCUUAAUCACACCGACUUAUUGGACAUGUUGCCCUUUGGCAAAUUCCUUAUCGUCUUCACCAUUCUGAUAGCCGUCAAAAUUAAAGAAAGUAUUCAAGGCAAAUUUGAAAGAGCUUUAUUGGAUGAUCUAUUAAUGGAAUACAAUCCAAUGGAAAGGCCAGUCUCAAACGAGUCCGAUCCACUAGAAGUUACAUUUGGCAUUACACUUCAACAGAUAAUAGAUGUGGACGAAAAAAAUCAAAUUGUUGUUACAAAUGCUUGGCUGGAUAUGGAAUGGGUGGACUAUAAUUUAAGGUGGAAUAUAUCAGAUUACGGGGGUGUCAUGGACUUAAGGUUUAAUCCAAAUAGACUUUGGAAACCUGAUAUACUUAUGUACAACAGCGCUGAUGAAAAAUUUGAUGGAACCUACCAAACCAACGUGGUAGUUAAGCAUAAUGGUACUUGCCAUUGGGUUCCACCUGGUAUUUUUAAAAGUACAUGUAAAAUUGAUAUCACAUGGUUCCCUUUUGAUGACCAAAAUUGCGUGAUGAAAUUCGGAAGUUGGACGUACAACGGAUUUCAAGUAGAUUUAGUGCUCAAGUCAGACAGUGGAGAUACUACAGAUUUCAUAUCAAACGGUGAAUGGGAUUUAUUGGGUUUACCGGGGAAAAGGAAUGGUAUUGUAUAUGCAUGUUGUCCAGAACCUUAUGUUGACAUUACGUUCACUAUGAAAAUAAGGCGGCGGACGUUGUACUAUUUUUUCAAUUUAAUAGUCCCUUGCGUGCUCAUUUCUUCCAUGGCCCUUUUGGGUUUUACAUUACCUCCCGAUUGUGGUGAAAAACUCACUCUGGAAAUUACAAUAUUACUGUCUCUAACAGUAUUUUUGAACAUUGUUGCUGAAUCAAUGCCUACUACGUCCGAAGCGGUUCCCCUAAUAGGAGUGACCAUCUUGCUAUCACUGACAGUGUUCCUGAAUUUGGUGGCGGAGACACUUCCACAAGUCUCUGACGCAAUACCCUUGCUAGGUACUUACUUCAAUUGCAUAAUGUUUAUGGUGGCGUCUUCGGUUGUGCUUACAUUAGUAGUUCUCAACUAUCAUCACAGGACUGCUGACAUACAUACUAUGGGUCCAUGGACAAAAUGUUUAUUCCUAUUAUGGCUGCCUUGGAUUUUGGGUAUGCAAAGGCCAGGUAGAGACAUAUCUUUUAAGGCAAUCAAAAGUAGAUUUACAGACCGCAAAGGUAUGGAACUUCGAGAACGUUCUUCCAGGAGUUUAUUAGCUAAUGUUCUUGAUAUAGACGAUGAUUUUCGUGCAAGUGUAUUGUCUCAUCGAACUUUUAAUUGUGGGGCAAGUACGUCAUCACCAGCAUCCGAAGCUAGAAGCAUUUGCAAUUACUCUGCUAGAGAACUUCAACUGAUACUACAUGAAGUUCGAUAUAUUACGGAUUACAUGAAAAAACAACAGGACGACCAGGAAGUCAUCAAUGACUGGAAAUAUGCAGCAAUGGUGGUAGACAGAUUUUGUCUUUUAGUGUUCACGUUCUUCACUAUUGUUGCUACUGUAGCUGUCCUUUAUUCGGCGCCACAUAUAAUCGUCGAUUGA